CUUUUCUAUCACCUUCAGAGAGACCACCGCUUCUCAGAGCCAAGAUCUCGCUUUUACACGGCUGAGAUGGCCAGUGCCAUCGGUUACUUAUACUUGCUCAACAUUGUUUACAGGUCAGUCACACCCUUUCAACAAUGUUGACAAAAAAAGUCUCAGCCACUUAACAGCAUUCACGGGUCAUUCACAGUAAACCCACAUUUUCCCUGCUUGUUUCCCAUGCUCACUUUGUGGAAGGUCAUUCUGUCAGCAGUGCCUUUAGGCUGUACAGUAGGUUCUCUGUUUUAGAGACUUGAAGCCUGAGACCGUCCUGCUGGACUCAGAGGUAAGUAUUUGUGUAUCAUGAACUCAGGACUAUCAUUGUAUUAGUUCUCUGUGGGUCAAAUAAGGUCACCCUGAUGUUUUGACUUGGACCUUCUCCAGGGUCAUGUUUUGUUGACUGACUUUGGAUUGUGUAAAGAGGGAACAGACCCAGGGUCCACCACUUCCACUUUCUGUAGAACCCCCAUUUCCCUUUGUCACUUUAUCCACUGACACUGCCUUUUGCUCUGCCGUAUUUGGCUCCAGAGGUGUUGAAAAAGCAGCCCUGUGACCGCACGGUAGACUGGUGGUGUCUGGGAACUGUAUUUUAUGAGAUUAUAUAUGGGCUGGUGAGCAUACCCUCUGAAAGGCAUAUACACAUUUACUUUGCUGUGAUGUAUUAUGGUUCUGCAUAUUAUAGCAAUGUAUUUAGCAUAAUUUUUCCAAACAAAGCAGGCUACACCUCAAUGUGGUUAUCAACUCAUUUUGUCCUGUUCCUUCUAUAGCCAGAAUGUGUCAGAGAUGUAUGACAGCAUCCUCCACAGGCCCUUGAGUCUGCCAGUGGGGACCAGCUCUGUGGUGUGUGACAUGCUGAUGGGCCUCCUACAGAAAGACCAGCAUCGCCGGCUGGGUGCUAUCGCAGACUUUGAGUGAACCUGUCAGAAUAUACAGGGUCAGGAUGUCCUCAUUGGACAGUCUACCUUCUCUCUCUUUCCUACAGUUUCCUACACAUACGCACAAGUCAUUUUAAUCGUUGUCAUUUUUGUCUUUUACAUAUAGCUCAAAGUUAAAAAACCAAAUUUUUUCUCACCGAUAAACUGGGAUGACCUUUACUAUCGGAGAAUCACACCUCCAUACAACCCCAACGUG